CUACAACUACUUAACGCUCUAGUCCCUCGGAUUGAAGCCGCUAUAGGCACAGCAACACUGAAAAACACCAACAAAAAACAAUCGAGCCAAGGAGAAUGGCAAGCGAUCCUGUGGACAACACAAAGCCUGGUAUCGUUCUGGUAGCCGGCGCUUGGCACGUGCCACUACACUUCGAGGUCCUCCGGGUCGCCCUCGAGGAGCAAGGAUACGAGACUUACGUUCCCAGACUUCCUACUCUCGGCCGCACGGGGUUGACAUGGAAAGACGACGCUGAAGCGAUACAGAAGGCGGUUGAGAAGCGCAUGGACGACGGCAAGGAGUUCGUAGUAGCAGGACACUCGUACGGUGGCAUCCCCGGCUGCGGUGCAGUGAAGGGUUUUACCGUCCACGAGCGGGCCGCAGCUGGGAAAAGGGGCGGUUUCCGAGCGAUUUUGUUCAUCGCAGCCUUUGCAAUUCCUCAGCCUGGUCUCGAUCUCCUGACGGCCUUCGGCGGCAAGUACCCUACCUGGGGCGAUUACGGGACUCCGUACGCUGGCAAUGCUUCGGCUUUUGUGUAUCCGAUUGCAAAACACGCCUUCUACAACGAUGUCCCGGAAGAUGAUGCUGAGAGAUACUUUGCGCUCCUUGAGAGGCAAUCCCAGGACGCAUAUGAGACACCGGUGGAUUGUGUUCCCUCGAACUGCGGCAUUCCACAUACGUUUCUAGUCUGCGAAAAUGAUCAGGCCCUGCCUUUGGCAUUCCAGGAGAUGCUUAUUUCCAAGAUUCCGACGUUUAAAGUCGAGAGAGUUUCUUCGGGACAUAGUCCGUUUAUUACGCACCCGCAAAGAGUGAUCGAAGUAUUGUCUGCCAUGUGAGCAGAUAUAAGAGAUAUAUGUAUCAGCUUGGUACAGAUACCGGCCAUCUCAGUUCAAUCCCAAAGAAAUUAAGAAGUUAGCUUGUCAUCGAUGUAGUGAUAAAGCAGCAUCGAAUAUGACCAGAAAUUUGGUUUAGGAGUGUAGAAUGACACAACCAAGUGGCAAAUAUUCAUUGACGAUUCAAUCCAGUUAAGCUUGUUCAGCGUCAAAUAGUAGAUCGCACAGAAUAUCAAAUAAUUGACUCCAGAAUUUGGAAGAUGCCUAACACCUAAUAUUUGGACAUAAUCAGCGAUAGGAGGUUAUUGAAGAUGUGGGGUGACCGAUCUCGGGCCAUAGAACAAACAUCUCACAACCACGACCCCAAGCCCUUUGAAUCUUUGACUUGUAUAGGCCUACCUAGACAGAGGUUUCAACAACAAAUUCGAAUUAUCGUGAAGUUGAAACAGGGAGGGACAAUGAGUUAUCUUGCAGGUCGCCGUAGGCCCGUAGCCAGUAGGCUAUCAA